AUGGAAGAGUCAAAUCUUGCAGACACUGCGAGGCAGCUAUCCGAUCUCGAAGUGGCCCUUUUCAUAUGUCUCGCUGCUCGCGAACAUUGCUUGAUCGAGACCGCCAGCCACUGCAUCAACGACCUUGCCAAAGAGCUUGCCUUGGUCGCUUCUUCAACUUUCAAUUAUUCAUACAGCAUAAUUGACUGCUCUACAUCAACAUCUGCCGAGGAUAUCUAUAAUGAUGUUCUCUCUCCUGAUGCCCGCGCAAAUCAUCGCCCAACGCGUCCCUGGCUGAAUACAGAGGCGUCAAGCAAGCGUUCUUCUUAUAAAAGCUUUGGCGACUACAGCAAGCCACCAGCGACACCUACACCAUUGACGAGCAACAAUGUCGUCAACAUAGUGAUCGCCAAAAACUUCAAUUUUAUCAGUGAUGAUCUUCAAAUGCAUUUCUUGCAGUUAAUGCGCUCAAGAGAAUUGGUCACUGAGAGUGGGAUAUUGAUUGCACCAGAAGAGUUUCUUUUCAUUCCUCUUGUGGUCCGAGACUCUGACCAGCUUCAGCCGCCAUUGAGAAAGCAUCUAGUGGACAAUCUCUUCAUAUCUCAUUUCCACAGCCCCGAGGCUGGGUAUAAUUACCUUGAAGAAGACGAUUGGCUCUCAGAUGGACAAUUAUCUGCUUCUUCUGUCAUUCACAAGUCGAAAUCUCGCGCAAAAAAGAAUGCUACGCUUAGCCAGAAGGAUAUAGAUCAACUCCGAGAGUCGAGCUUGAAAGUGAGUACCAGUGCCGAGAUAGCACGGUAUAUCCAGGACAUUGUUGUGUUUUUGCGCCUGAGUCGUGCAGUCUCUGGUGGAGUGUCUGCCAAAGCAAAUAUUGAAUUCUCCCGACUCGCGCAACUUUUGGCCCCUCUGCAUGGAAUCGAUUUUUUGACGCCGUCAAUUGUGGCAUUGGCUGCAAGGAAAGUUUUCCGCCAUCGCGUUACCGUCACAGCCCCAGGCGAGGACCGCAGUUUACAGUACGGAAGCAACCUACAUGAUGUAGCGCAAGUGCUUGCAGACGUGACCCCGGAUUCAAUACUGGAUGGUGUCUUGGCCCUCGAGCCACCGUUAUAA